AUGGGAUUAUCAAAGUUGAUAAAAACAAUCUUCCGGUCGGGCAAUGCGGCGACUGAGGCAAUCAAACCGAAUAGCACAACUAGCUCCGUCGGAAAGGAGCAAAAAUUGAAAACACUUUCAAUCCAGCAACAGCAUGGAUACGCAUCAGAAGCUACGUUUGAGACUCGGGCUUUUAAACUACAUAACCUCGAAGAGGGACCAUCGACGAAGGUGACGGUCACCAAGGAAGAUGCCUUGAAGUACUACAGCCAGAUGUACAUGAUAAGACGCAUGGAAACGGCGGCCGGAAACCUGUACAAAGAGAAAAUAAUCAGAGGGUUCUGCCACCUGUACUCUGGCCAGGAGGCGUGCGCUGUUGGAAUGCGCGCAGCAAUGCGUCCCGAGGAUUCCUGCAUCACUGCCUAUCGUUGUCACGGGUGGUCGUACCUGAUGGGUGUUUCCCCGCAGGCCGUACUUACCGAGCUGACCGGGCGAAGUGGCGGAUGCGCUCGGGGCAAGGGUGGUAGCAUGCACAUGUAUGGCAAGAACUUCUACGGCGGAAACGGUAUUGUCGGAGCGCAGGUGCCACUCGGCGUUGGCAUUGGUUUUGCGGCAAAAUACAACGGUACCCAGGGAGCGUGUAUUGCGCUGUACGGGGAUGGUGCCGCGAAUCAGGGACAGCUUUUUGAAGUUUACAACAUGGCAAAGCUGUGGAAUACACCGUGCAUAUUCGUCUGCGAAAACAAUGGCUACGGCAUGGGUACCAGUGCGGAACGCGCUUCGGCCAACACGAAUUACUACACACGAGGAGAUUUUGUGCCCGGCAUUUGGGUUGACGGCAUGGACGUCCUGGCGGUACGUGAAGCUACUCGUUUUGCUCUGGAACAUACCUCGUCCGGCAAGGGACCGAUUCUUAUGGAAACGGCCACGUACCGGUACUCUGGACAUUCGAUGUCUGAUCCUGGCACGAGCUACCGGUCUCGCGAUGAAAUUGCAGAAGUUCGACAGACCCGAGAUCCAAUUACGUCCCUUCGCGAAAAGAUUCUCACCAAUGAACUGGCAACGGUGGAGGAGUUGAAAGAAAUGGAAGGAAAAAUUCGCGCCGAAGUCGAUACUGCCACGAAGGUUGCCAAGGCGGACAAGGAAAUAUCUGUCGAGGAGCUGACCGCCGAUAUUUACUGCAAUCCGCAAAAUUUGACAACCGUCCGCAAUACACUGCCCCUCGCGGAGCUUCAGCACAAAAGACUCGGCCAGGCAGUCAACAUGUAAUGCUCUAGCAUCGAAAUAGAAUGUCUCAUGUCGCAGCUGUAAUGUAAAAGCUCUAUCGAACAUCACGUAACACGCACAAUUCUGAACGAUCUUAGCUGAGCGGUAAAUACCGCGAAAGUAAACGAUAGAUGCAAUCUCACUAGCCAAUUCGUUUAACGGAAAACCCAUUUAUUUCGGGGAUCUGAGCUGGAAACGUUCUGCUUGUAUGCGUUACGGUACCGUGUGCCCAUGAAAUGUAGCUUUUAAAACACAUUCUACGAACAUCGCAAGAAUUUCACUCCCCUAAGGAGAGUUUGUCGAAAUAUUGACCGAAAAUAAUACGUGUAUUUAUCUUUUUUUUUCAAUUGAAAACGGGUGGGAAAGCAUUUAAGACAACACAGAAAUACAACUGACAUUCG